UGCUCCUCCUCCUGCUCGGAAGAGGAGACAUACAAGCAGGUACUUCUGUCAGUGUCGCGUGUGGACAUGAAGAGCGUAACCAGCGGCGCGAGGAGCGAGGGGGUGGUGUGCUCAGGGGCCCUGAGCGGGGGGGAACCGGGCGCGAUGGCGGCGAUACUGGACCCUCGCAUGGCGAGCGCUGCGGCGGAUCCGAGACAGGUGGCAUCCAUCGAUGAAUUCAUCGGCUCGCUGCUGGAGGAGCUGGCGAAGGCGAAAGGCACGCCCAGCAAGGCCCUGAUGCGCGAGCUGCUCGCCGGUGGCCUGCAGCGGGCUCUGGAUAUGGGCGGGGUGGCGCAGAAGCAGCGCUUCAUGGACGCCCUCUCCGAGCACAUCCACCAGUUUCCCAUGCAGGAGCAGCAGGCGAUCUCCCGGGUAUACCCCGUCGAGAUCAGCUCAGAGUACCGGAACUUGCAGUCGCUGAUCCGGAACGUGGCUCCAGAGGAGGAGACAGGGCCUCGGUCGUCGCCACCGCCGGGCCAGGCGACGCCCCCGGCGCUGAGCGACGCGCCAGCCGCUGUAUCCACGGCGCCAACGGCGGCCGCGCCGCCAGCGUUGGCGGAGGCGCGCCGGAUCCUCUCCUCUCUUGCCGCGCGGCCUGACUUCGAGGGUGCCGACGAAGCGCUAGAGAGGCUGAGGAGCGAGGGAGUGCUAAAGGCGCUGCAGGAGAGCGAUGCCGCGACGGAGGCGACGUUCAUGAAGGACGUGCAGAUGAGUCUGUACAAAUUUCCAGAGCAGGCGCAGAGGGAACUGGUCGAGCGCUUCUCUGGGCUGCGCAAGGAGGCCGCCCGGCUCGUCGAGUCCAUGGCACAGGAGGUGACGCGGUGGCUGGACGAGGAUCGCAUCAUCUCGCAACGGGGCGGCGACAUGGCCAGCCUCGUCUCGAAGUUGAAGGCGCUCUUCCAGGCCAUCCUCAGCGCGCCGUUCCUGACCACCUUCAGGCACUUGGGCGCGGCGGAGAAGCGCGGCAAGGAGGCCUUCCUGCUGAAGACCGCACUGUGCUUGCGCAGGUGUGGGGAGAAGCGCCUGACCGACGCGCCAGAGAUCGGGUCGCCAGUGUUACAGCUCCGUAGGCAGUUCUUCUUCGUCGACGGAUACGGCGAGCUCAUGGAGGACUGGCUGCAGAACCGCCUGACACAGUGCAACGACGACUUCCUCAAGAGGGCAGCAUCGGUCAUCGGCGGCCGCCUUCCGGCAGUGCAGGCGCGAUUCCGGCGCACGUUCCGGCCUGGCCAUUGGUUGCCGGUGUCCGACCCGCAUUUGCAGGAAGACAUAUACUCGCUCUUCCUGGACGACUCUUUCCCACGCCACGCGCUGUCCGACGCCUCGGUGGCCUCGGUAUUGCGCAGGGUGGCGUCGGCUGGGGGCGGCGACCUGCACGUCUACGCGGGCAUCGCACGGCUGCCCCCGCCGAGAAAGAACUACCUCGGGCCUCCGCCGCAGGACGAGGUCGAGGCGGCGCUCAUUGAGCUGCUGCUGCGGCUGCCGCCCUUCCGGGCGCUCAAGCGCAUUCGGCCCGGCGCCUUCCAGUUCGGCCGCCUCGAGGUGGUGCUGAGCAAGCGGAACGGCAGGCUCUUCGCGAGCGCCCGCGGUGGCAGCGGCACGUCGGAGGAGAUGCCCGCCGAGGACUUCUUCGAGCGCUACGGCCCGGAGGAGUUCCCGGAGGCCGCCGCGCAGGCGUGCAGGCCUGCAGGCGCCAACGGGCCAAACUGCACGGUCAUCGAGGCCCUGGGGGACCUCUUCGGCGCGCCGCCCGGCGCGCCGCCGCCGCUGCCCGCCUUCGCGCCCGGGCCGCCGAGCAUGGGCCUGCUGGCGCCCCCGUUCUCGAUGCCGGGCCUGGGCUGCGGGGCGACGGUGCCCGCGCUGCCCAUGCACCCCGCGCAGAUGGUGGGCCACGGCCACGGCAUGCCAGGCUUCGGGGCCCCGGUGCCCGGCGGCAGCGCGCCCUUCGAGCCGUACCCGACCGGGUUCGGCGCCAUGGCGCAGGGGGCGCCGCUCAUCGGGGCGCCGGGCGGCGCCAAGUUCGGCAUGGACGACGACGAGAUAUGAGCGCCGCCCUCGCUCCGGCCCGGCGGCCUCCCCUCGUCCUGUGUCUCGUCCUCCUCCGGGGGGGAUGGGGGACGAAUGGCGAGGAGGACUCGCCGAGCCGCGGCUGCCCGGGCCCGCCCCGCGCCGCGGCCCUGUCGCGGCGACGGCGCGCUUGUGGCUUCUGCGGCCCCCCGCCCAGC